AUGAACAAACAAAACGAAAACUUAUUUCGCGAGAAAUUUCGAUUACUUAAUUCACAAGAGCAUUCUGAGGAUAUCAAGUGGUCUUCAACAUCAUCCAGUGAACCUGAAAGUACCAUUUUAAAUAACAAUGUUAAUGAAGACAGAAGACGAAACCGCAAGCGUAAACGCAAGAAAAAUGUGCUGAAGAAUAUAUCCAAUUUGGACAUUACUUUUAUAGAUUCUUGUAAAAACGAGGAUAGCUGUGUAGAAGUGAUUUAUAAUCGAGGAAUGGAGAUGAUUGCCAACUGUGGCAGAAACAGUUUAAUUUUCACUGCUGUUUUUACAUUGUUUUGGAUAAAAACAGUUCACAGUAUUGACUGCUUCAAAUGUGUGUCAAUGAAUGGACGGUUCCCGGCGUGUGAUGACCCCUUCCAUAACAACCAUUCAUUACAAAUGCUGGAGUCUCCAUGUAUGGGGGGGAGGAAGGGACGUGAUGGACUGUUCCCUGCUACAUCGUGCAUUAAGAUUGCUGGAGUUUUUCAUGAUACUGGGGAGACGAUUACCGUCCGUGGGUGUGGUCUGGACUCUGGGACAGCCACAACGGAUACGGAAAUUAUAAGGAUGUCACAUUGCGGCCGCUUUUACUAUGAUGAAAGAUAUGUCCACGGCUGCCUACAAAGUUGCAACGACGCCGACGCAUGCAACAGUUCCAAUAAUAUUAAAUCUUAUAUACCUUCUAUAGUAACACUCUACGCAUUGUUAUCACUGCUCAGAAGCUAA